AGAAAGUUGGCCCCCAUUAUCGACGUUUCCGCCUCGGUACUUUCUACUGCGGCUUCGGUUACAUACUUCGAAACUACAUCCGAGGUGCUUAGUCCAUCAAUGGUACAUCUCAAGUACUCAGUCAUGGCCCGACUACGGCGCAGAUUGUCGCAUGAAACUCAUGUCACUCAUCCAUUGAGUGUCUGCAGGGUUGUUGCCUGUCAUGCCUCGAAAGACGACUUACCUGCCCACCAAGGACUAUGAAAUACCAGACAUCGAUCUCUUGACGUUGAUCUACGAAUCGCGAGAAUCAUGGACCACUGAUUCCACUGUCCUCCACGCCGAAGCCGCCCAGCCUACGAACUGCAUAACCAAAGGCCAGGCCCGUGACUACACCAAGAGGAUAGCCUACCGCCUUAGAAACACGUACGGCAUUGGAGCUAAUGGGUCGGGAAAAGAUGUCGUCGUCUGCAUAUCCUCCGGCCAGGUCCUCCUUUCCACCAUCUUCUUCGGAGUCAUCGCCGCAGCCGGUAUAUACUCAGCUGCGAGUUCAAGUUUCACACACCCCGAGCUGGCCAGACAGAUCAAGCAAGGCAAGAGUCGGUUGAUCAUCGCCAGUCCCGAUUGCAAAGAUGUCGCGAUCAAGGCCGCUCAAGAAUGCGGAGUGCCAUUGGAAAGGGUGCUUAUCCUCGACAGUAUGGGCGGGAACAGGAUAUUGCAAGAUGUGCAGAAAACCGGACCGAACUUGAUCGAGGGCGCAGGCAGGCCGCAAGAGAUGCUGAAUUGGGAAGCCAUCACGGACAAGAAGACACUGGAAGAGAAGGUCAUCUGUCUGCUUUACAGCAGCGGUACCACUGGUGCGCCGAAAGGAGUUAACCUCUCUCACGCAAACAUCGUUUCCGAAUCUCUGAUUCCGCAGUACAUGGUGCGUGAAUACUUUGUGCGACAGCGACGGCGCGAUCCGAAUUUCAGAUUCGAGUACCGCACCCUUGCGCACUUGCCGGCCGCCCACAUCGCAGGCUGUCAGGGAUACUUCGUCAAUCCAGCCGUGGCGGGUGGAUCAGUGUUCUGGAUGCCGAAAUUCGACUUUGCCAAAUUCCUCGAGUACAACAAGAAAUUCCGCAUCACGACGUUCUUCACCGUCCCGCCGAUAUAUCUGCUCGUUGCGAAAAGUCCGCUCGUGACGGACCAGUUCGAAAGUAUGCACCACGCAAUUACUGGCGCAGCACCAAUGGGCGCGGAACUACAAAGUCUCGCCGAACAGAAGAUGGGAUGCCACAUCAGCCAAACAUGGGGACUGAGCGAGUCCACAGGAAGCGUGACGGGGAUGCCCUGGGACGAGGACGAUAACGGUACGGGCUCGGUGUCGCCUUUGUUGCCGAAUACUAGGAUGCGCAUUGUCGAUGACGACGAGGUCGAUGUCGAAGAGGGCAUGGAGGGCGAGUUCAUCUUGCAAGGCCCCAUGAUCUCGAAGGGAUAUUGGGACAAUGAGAAGGCCACGCGGGAGAGUUUUACCAAGGAUGGCUUAUGGUUCAAGACGGGAGACGUGGGACUCGUUAGGAACGGAAGAUUUUAUGUCGUGGAUCGGAAGAAGGAAUUAAUCAAGUACAAAGGCCUCCAAGUCGCGCCUGCCGAGCUUGAAGCACUAUUGUUGAGCCACGAGCUUAUUCUGGACGCUGCCGUCAUUGGCGUGUCUGACCCAGACGGUUCCGGCAAUGAAUUGCCGCGGGCAUAUGUCGUGGCUGAUCGAGCUAAGAUCUCGGCAGACCAGAUCAAGGAUUUUGUCCGGAAGAAGCUGGCCCAGCAUAAACAGCUGCGUGGUGGUGUGGUGUAUCUUGAUGCUGUUCCUAAGAGUCCCUCGGGCAAGAUACUGAGGAGGGAAUUAAGGGAUAUGGUCAAGAGGGAGACACCGGGACAGGGUGCUAAGCUGUAAUGUCUUAGACAUGAGCUUUGGAGUCGUCCUAGAUGAUGCUGAUGGGAUACAAGGGACGCAAUAGAGAGGUUUCAGUCCACAACGGUUGGAUGUCUGUAGUAGAGUAGAAGCUCGGCUAGAAUCCUCGAUACCGAAGUUAUUCCCAGAUAGGAAGAGAGUGGGACCUAACGAAGACCUGA